UUAAACAUCGGUCCGUCGGUUACCUUUAGAAACCCUAAUUUACAUAUAAAACCCUGAGCCGAUCAACAAGCCUUUGCAUUUGUCGGAAAUAUCGCCGGAAAAAAUGGGUUACGGGAAGCACAAUCGAUCUAGAGGAGGCAAUUCGAAUCGUGGUCAAACUAGUCGGACUGAUAAUCUUGGAAGGGAAGAUGAAUCGCUUCCUCUUGAUCAAGAACCUGAGGGAGAAGCACCAGUUCCAAAAGUUCAAUUGGCAAUGUGGGAUUUUGGUCAAUGUGAUGCAAAGAGGUGCACAGGUCGUAAGCUUGCUAGAUUUAACUUGUUAAAAGAGUUACGGGUUAACACAGGCUUUGGAGGAGUUGUUUUAAGUCCAGUUGGUAGACAAUGUGUUUCAAGGGAAGACUAUGAUCUGAUUAAAAGGAAAGGAUUAGCUGUUGUUGAUUGUUCUUGGGCACGUCUAACCGAUGUCCCGUUUGCAAAGCUGCGUUGUACUGCUCCUCGUCUUUUACCAUGGUUAGUAGCAGCAAAUCCAGUAAAUUAUGGAAGGCCAUGUGAGCUAUCUUGUGUGGAGGCUUUAUCUGCUGCUUUAAUUCUAUGUGGGGAGAAGGAAACUGCAGAACUUUUGCUAGGAAAAUUCAAAUGGGGUCAUGCUUUUUUAUCUCUUAACAAAGAUAUUCUAAAGGAGUACUCGAAAUGUGAGAAUAGCGCUGAGAUCAUCUCAGUUCAAAAUUCUUGGCUUACUCAGCAAACUCAGAUCCCAAAACAACCACCUGCCCUCGAAGAACAUGUUAAGAAAGAUGGUGAAUCUGGUGAUGAUGAGUCAGAGGAUGAUGAGGAAGAUGGUCUCCCUCCUCUAGAGAGGAACAUGAACCAUAUCAAAUUGGAAGACAGUGAGGAGGAAGACAGCGAGUGAAAGCCAUUGGAGAAAUCCUUUUUGAUCUAAAAAAAAAAGUUUCUAUCUUUGGCUACCCUUUUCACCGGAUUCUUAAUAAGUACCAUGUAGUAUAAUGUUUUUAUUUUUUUUUAUUAAUAAAAAUAUCUACUAUCCAUUCUUAGA